AUUCGAUUCUGCAGAGGCAGCUGGUAUAGCACUUCGAGCACUUGCAGGAAGAAAGUUUGCUGAACGUACAGAACUAAUUAUUGAUGGUUUCAAAUCAUAUGCAACUCGUACCCAUAUUACUGGCUGGGAUCCCGAAUUUAAUGCCAUUACAGGUCUUAACGGUUCAGGAAAAUCAAAUAUACUGGACGCCAUUUGUUUUGUCUUGGGGAUUACAAACUUGUCAAAGGUUAGAGCAAAUAGUUUACAAGACUUGAUAUAUAAACGUGGACAGGCAGGUGUUACUAAAGCUUCA